UGGGAUGGCCGGGCGGGCCGAGUGCCGGGACCGGGAGAAACGGUGACCCGACUCGGGAACUCGGUUGUGGGACCUGAGAGGUGGAAGUCCGCGCUCCGAGAGGACAUGGCGGCUCUGAAGCCCAGCGUGGGCCGACUCAUCCCUGGAUCAUCCAUCCUUUUCCUGUGCGACAUGCAGGAGAAGUUCCGCUAUGUCGCGUACUUCCCCCAGAUUGUCUCUGUGGCCGCCCGCAUGCUCAAGGUAGCCCGGAUGCUGGAGGUGCCAGCCGUGCUGACGGAGCAGUACCCAAAAGGCCUGGGUGCCACGGUGCCCGAGCUGGGGGCUGAGGGCCUGCGGCCAUUCCCCAAAACCAGUCUCAGCAUGGUGCCCGUGGUGCGGCAGGAGCUGGACUCGAGGCCCCAGCUGCGCUCUGUGCUCCUCUGUGGCAUCGAGGCACAGGCCUGCAUCAUGAACACAGCCCUGGACCUCCUGGACCGGGGGCUGCAGGUCCACGUGGUGGUGGAUGCCUGCUCCGCCCGCAAAUCCAGGAGAUCAUCAAGCAGCCUGUCCCGGACACCGGGCUGCUGGGCCUCUUCCAAGGCCAGAACCCCCUCUUUCAGUGAACACCGACCCUGCCUCCAGGGGAGCCCACCCUCUUGUCACCGGGAUGGGGAAAGCGCUUUCCCCCCAUCCUUGGAUCCCAAGAGUGGUGCGAUCCACCGAGAGUACCGCCCUCUUGGGAAGGGAAGCAGGUACUGCCUUGCCAUUGGGCGACAGCUCCAGGAAAUGCAAAUGACCCUCCUGGAAGCUGGGCGGGAGUUGGCCGAGGGGAGCUGGAGGCGGGGCUCGGCCCCGGGCCACUUCACGGGGCGGGGAGGGGAGGGGGAGUCACAGACUGUGUGGGACCCGGACUCGCAGAAUAAACAUUGAUGUGGCUGUGGACCG